CGCGAAGCACUGCAUAGCUGUUGCUGGUGUAUGUUAGUGGAACAGUUUUAGUGGUGUUCUGUUGUUUUACAAUUCUAAUUUUAAUAUUUAGAUUGUACUUAGCGGAUUUGUAAAUGAGCAAUUCUACUUGAAGAUUGUUUGGGUUAUGUUUUGACAUAUGUGGCCAACUGUCAAUUGUUUUAAGAUGCCUUGACAAAGUUAAGCUAGAAGAAGAUGGGUGCAAAUAACGCAAAGUUGGAGGACAAACCUAUCAACAUAGUUUCCAGGAAGACGUGGGGUGCCAAAGCGCCUUUCCACGAAGACCCUAUCAGCCUGCCUGUAUCUCUGGUAGUCUUCAUGGCAACACAGGACUUCAAGUUCCCAUUGGAAGACAAAAAAGCGUCUUACAAAGCAUUGAGGGAACUUCAACAGUUCCACAUGUACCAGAGAUACAUGCCUGAUAUACAGUACAAUUUCAUGAUAGACGAAAACGGAACCAUCUACGAGGGACGAGGUUGGUUUAGGAAGCCGUCACACAAUCCUGGUGACAUUACUGCCAACCUGAACUCCAUUUACAUUGGAUACGUUGGCGAGAUAGCGGAGGACGGUCCAUCGGACGACAUGAUGAUUUCUGGAAAUGACCUGAUAGGUUAUGGAAUGAAACGGGAAUAUAUUCGGUACCAUCAUCACAUAAAGGGCCUGAUAACGGGAAUAGUCGGCACAACACUGGAGGAUUGUAUCAGAAGAAAGAAGAGCGACCCUUCAGACUCUGAGGGUGAAGGGCCCAAGGAAGCAUUGCCCAUGGAGCAGUUCUAUGUAAUGUAG